AUGACCGAUAUAGUAACAUUGUUUGACCGAUUUCAUGAUCUGCUCAGAGAGAUAGAAACCAUCAAUUAUAAAUUGGCUGUGACUAAACCGUCUACAUUCAAUGGUACUCUAACCAAGGCAGUUGAUUUCAGAUCGGAGAUGUAUGACAAGAUGAUGGAAUUGUAUGAUCAUACAAGAGAUAUUAUAGCGUGUUUGGAGUAUGAUGUCUUCAGUCAGAGGUUUCAGCAGUAUGAUGAUUACCAGUACGAAUAUUUCAAGCUUAAGGAGAGAUAUCAAGAUUUGAAGGUUGACUUUAGAAAAAUACAGCUGGAGUCCAAAAUGCAUGAAUUAGAUCAUACUGAAGAUUCAAAGGAAGGCGAAGAGUCUGAAAUCAAUGGUGCAGAAUCACCAGGAAAUUUCUUAGACGAUGAGAAACUCAAAGAUCUUACGGAACAGGAACAGAUCUUUGAGAAGAACAAGCAAAUUACCGACAAGUUGGAGAACAUCACCACCAUAAUGCACGGUAACUUGAUCGCUGGAGAGAGCAAUCUCCAGGACUUGGGAGCUUCGACUUCAGUUCUUACAGAUUUAGCGAACAAGUAUGGAUACUUUGCUGAUAUAUUGCUGAAAACCAACGGAUUGGUUAAGAUGGUCAACGAAUCCAGUAAUGCAGAGAGAAGGCAGAUCUACAGAUCACUCUACUUCUUUAUUUUUGUCUGCGCCUAUAUUCUUUACAAGAGGAUCUUCAAAAGGCCUAUCAAACUUUUCUUAUGGUUACUUUACAGCUUCUUCCGGUACACCUUGUUGGGGGGACAGAAACUAGUAGGAAGGCAGGAAGAUACGGCAAAAAGUAUUUUGGAAAGUGUGACGCGAGGCUUGAUAGCCAGCAUGGAUGUGAGCCCGACUACUAGUGUACCCUCCACGGUAUCCACUGAAUCUAUAGUGAUAUCAGGACUACGCGAUGAACUUUAA